CUCAAACCUUAGCCCAAACGAAACCACCGACCCAUGCACUAUGCCGCCCCGGCGUAACCUAGCCUGAUCGCAACAGAGCACGCUAUCUUGCGCCGGCUAAGAAUUGUCACUCAAAACCUAGACAAACAUAAACCUCUCCUCUCUCUCUCUCUCUUUCUCUCUCUCUCUCUCCUCUUGUGUGGUGCUUUUAGAAGGUCAAUCAUACACUAUUCCUUCGCUGUUUCAGGUUCUAUUGCUAAAUUGCCCUUUGCAUUUUUUUGCUGUUUGAUAAUAAAUUUCCAUGCUUUAAUGUGGGUUCAUCUUUCAAUCACAACAAAACCCAUGUACAAUUUUCACCAUUAAUGUUCCAAUCUAGGGUUUUUCUUUUCUUCUUUUUCAAUAAUGAUUUGUUUAUUGUGUAUGAUUGAGUACCACCCUUGUUAAUGUGGUGUACUGUAAUUGUAUACUAUUUACUUCCAUUUCAUGUGUUGGUAUUGAGAAAAAUCUUGGUUGUGUAAUGGGUAAUGUUGAAAUACCCAAUUGGCUAAAAGGGUUACCAUUGGCACCUGAGUUUAGGCCAACUGACACUGAAUUUGCUGACCCAAUUGCCUAUAUAUCGAAAAUUGAGAAGCAAGCUAGUGCCUUUGGUAUUUGUAAGAUUAUCCCACCAUUGCCUAAGCCUUCUAAGAAAUAUGUGUUUUGUAACUUGAAUAAGUCGCUUUCCAAGUCGCCGGAAUUGGGUUCUGAUGUGAAUUGUCAGGGUGUUUGUUCUUCGUCGAAAACGGGUUCUGGGGAUGGUGGUAAUGAGGGGGAGGCGCGGGCUGUGUUUACUACCAGGCACCAAGAAUUGGGGCAGAGUGUGAAGAGAACUAAAGGGGCGGCGCAGAGUCCGCAAUUGGGUGUUCAUAAGCAAGUAUGGCAAAGUGGGGAGAUAUAUACAUUGGAACAGUUUGAGUCUAAGUCUAAGGUUUUUUCGCGGAGCAUAUUGGGAAUGGUUAAGGAGGUAUCGCCAUUGGUUGUAGAAGCAAUGUUUUGGAAGGCAACUUCUGAGAAGCCAAUCUAUGUGGAGUAUGCAAAUGAUAUUCCUGGGUCUGGGUUUGGAGAACCAGAGGGUCAGUCUCGGUAUUUUCAUAGGAGGAGGAGGAAGAGGAAUUUUUACCAAAGGAGUAAAGAGAAUUCUGACUGCAAGAAUAAUGAGAUAGAUAGUGUAACGGAUUCCCAUAAUGGUGAGAUUAAAGAUUCUUCUGCCAAAAAUGAACCUGAUAUGUCUUUGGAGACACCAAAGCCACCUACUACUUCAUCAACAUUGUUAUCAGAUGACACUUCACGAUGCUCUAGGCGAAAGAGCUCAAGUGCUAUUAAUGAGAUGGAAGGCACUGCGGGUUGGAAGCUAUCAAACAGUCCAUGGAACUUACAAAUAAUUGCACGUUCACCCGGCUCACUUACACGUUUCAUGCCAGAUGAUAUUCCAGGUGUUACUUCUCCUAUGGUCUACAUUGGUAUGCUUUUCAGCUGGUUUGCUUGGCACGUUGAAGAUCAUGAGCUUCAUAGCAUGAAUUUUCUCCAUACUGGCUCUGCAAAAACUUGGUAUGCAGUCCCUGGAGAUUAUGCAUUUGCUUUUGAGGAAGUCAUUCGCUCUGAGGCUUAUGGUGUCAACAUUGAUCAUUUAGCUGCACUCACAUUAUUGGGCGAGAAGACAACUCUUCUAUCACCUGAAGUAGUUGUUGCGUCGGGCAUUCCAUGUUGUAGGUUAGUACAGAAUCCUGGUGAAUUUGUCGUGACUUUUCCAAGGGCCUACCAUGUAGGAUUCAGCCACGGUUUCAAUUGUGGGGAAGCUGCUAAUUUUGGAACCCCACAAUGGCUUACAGUAGCCAAGGAAGCUGCAGUGCGCAGAGCUGCAAUGAAUUAUCUUCCCAUGCUCUCUCAUCAGCAGCUGCUAUACCUGCUGACCAUGUCUUUUGUCUCAAGAGUGCCAAGAUCCUUACUACCAGGUGUGCGCAGUUCUCGCCUGAGAGAUCGUCAAAAGGAAGAAAGAGAAUUGUUAGUAAAGAAGGCUUUUAUAGAAGAUAUUCUAAAAGAAAACAUUAAGCUAUCUAAUCUUCUUGGAAAAGUAUCAACUUGCCGUGCUGUUUUAUGGAACGCUGAUUUACUUCCAUAUCCAAGUAGAGAUUCUCAAUUGCCCAGCAUAGUUGCUACUGAUUCUACCUCAGCAAGAGAAAAUGCUUCCCAUAUUCAUACUGAAAACAACAAUAAUAUUCAGAACGAUCUGAUGCACGAGAUGAACUUGUAUAUAGAGACUCUCAAUGAUUUGUCUCUGGAUGGUGACGAUUUAUCAUGUGACUUUCAAGUUGAUUCAGGUACAUUGGCAUGUGUGGCUUGUGGAAUACUUGGUUUUCCAUUUAUGUCUGUGGUACAACCAUCUGAAGAAGCAUCCCUGAAACUUCAGCCCAUGGAUCAUCAUUUGGUUCAAGGAGGCCCCAGAGCCUCAGGACCUGAGAAUGCUUGUUCCUCUCCAGAUCAUGAUGGGUCUAUUAAAAGCAAUAUUCCAGAGAAUCUCCCUCCUUUUCCUGAUGUUUCUCCACCACCAAAGGAUCUGAAAAUGUCACUAUUAACCAAAUUUGACAUGCAAUGGAACACCUCUAGUAAAUUUCUGAGGCCACGGAUUUUCUGCCUGGAGCAUGCCAUUGAGAUUGUGGAACUCUUGCAGUCAAAAGGUGGAGUAAACGUGCUUAUGAUUUGCCAUUCAGACUAUCAGAAAAUGAAGGCACAUGCCAUGGCUGUUUCUGAGGAAAUUGGUAAACCUUUUGAUUAUAAUGAAGUUCCAUUAGAUACUGCAUCCCAGGAAGAUCUGAACUUGAUAGAUCUUGCAAUUGAUGAUGAAGAACAUGAUGAAUGCGGAGAAGACUGGACAUCAAAACUGGGUAUCAAUUUACGGUACUGUGCCAAGGUCAGAAAGAACUCUCCAUCUAUGCAAGUACAGCAUGCACUGACAUUGGGUGGAUUGUUCUCUGAAAAAAGUGCCACUUCAGAAUGCCUGACCAUCAAAUGGCGGUCUAGAAGAUCACGCUCAAGAAAGUCAAACCAUUCUUCCCAUGGUAAAUUGUGUGAAACAGCUCAAUUAAAGAAGGAUGAAGUGUUGGGGGGAAGGUCAAAUGGCAUCAUUGUCAACAAUGAAAAAAAACUAAUUCAAUAUUCAAGAAGGAAUCCUAAGUUAAAAUUGGGUGGUUCCACAGGUGCAAGUACAGUUGAUGGAUGCCCUGGAAAGAAUCUGUCAAAAGAUGUUUCAGCUGCUACUUAUGGAGACCGCGAUAAGCAAAGUGGGAAGGCUACUGAAAAUGACCUUUCUAACAAAGGAAAUUCCAAAAGUGAUGCAGGAUUUGUUUUCUCUAGUGCUUCCGGAGUGUCUGAAAUGCAGCAUGAAUCCUCAGGGUUUGCAGCUACCAGUGGUAGGAGCUUGAAUUCUGCUCCCUCCCGAAUUGAAGAUUCCCCUGUCUCUAAUACACUAGUGGUUGUUGAGACACACAGUGAGAAUCACACUCUUGAUGAUUUUGACAUUGAUGGCAAAGCUUGUAAUUUAGCAACAUGGGAUGGUUCUGAGAUCCAACACAAGAUCAAGAGCACUGAUGAAACCAAGGAGGAGGACAAGAUAACUUAUGCCGAAAAAUGUGGUAGUCCACUUAUCAUUGCAACUUAUGAGAGGUCUGGAAUGCAGGCAGAGAAUCAAAGUAUGGAAAAAAUCAGCAUCACAAGUGAGUCUUGUCAUCUGGUUUCUGAAGGGCAGUGCAAUGUUUCAACGGAAGGGGAUGUUUUGAUGAAUGAGGUUUCUGAUCUUCCUAGACCUCCAACUCCCCAUGUUGCUGAUCCUGUUGUGAGAAAUUUUGAGGCACAGAUGGAAAAUGUAGUUCUGGAGGAAUCUUGUGUCAACAGCAAGGUUCUCGUGUGUGCAACUUUAGACAAUGAAGUGCAGCAAGAGAUCCACACCACCAGCAGAAUUGAACAUGAUGGACCUCUUUCAAGUAAUGUUGCACCAAUCAACCAGCUUACUCUUGCCUCAACAGAAGGUGUUUCUUGUAAUAUUGCAGUGACAAACCAGCCUACUCUUGCCUCAAUGCAAGAAAGUUGUGAAGGUCCCACAGGGAUUCGUGCUGCAGAAGACAUUAGCAUUGCCAUGUCUUCAGGUGCAGUGGAGCAAGAACUUGAGUCUCAAAAUGGAAGUAAUGAGGAUGAACCAGUUUCAAGUUAUGUUAUACCGUCAAAUGAGCCUACUCCCGCAUCAAGAGAGAUCCAUUCCCCAGACAGAAAUAAUGAGGAACUUGUCUCAAGUUCUGUUUCACCAAUGGAAGUUAGUCGGCCUUGUGUAUCACUGGAACAAUAUCCCGAAGUUCCAAGAGGGUGCUCUGCUGAAGAAGACUUGCAUGAUGGUGUGACUUUAGACACUGAGGUGCAACAAGAUAUCCAGACUUCAGAUGGAACAGAUGAGGGGAUGCCCGUCCCUAGUUUCAUUACGCAAGUGGAAAAAGAGCCAGUAACUAUCUCAGGGGGGGUAUGUUACAAAGUUUCAAGAGGGAUCAAUGCUGAGGAAAAUUUGAGUGGUGGAGUGGCUUUAGAUAAUGAAAUGGAGCAAAAGAAAGAGCUGACAAAUGAAAAUGAUGAGGAGAUUUCUGAGUAUGAUACACUUAUAAAUCCACCUAGUCCUGCCCCAAUCCAGAGAUGUUCCAGAAUCCAAAGAGACACCCAUUUUGCAGAAAACCUGCUUCGCAAAGAAGUUUGUUCAUCACAGGAUGAUAGAGAGCUUGAAAGCAUUGAGUCCACUCUACUAGAACCCAGAUCAAGCAGGGACAAAAGAAGAAAAAGAAAAAGAGAAGCAGACCAUUUGACGGAAAACAAGUUCGGUUGCAGUGACUUUAUCAGGAGUCCAUGUGAAGGGUUGAGGCCAAGGGCUGGGAAGGAUGGAGCCAGUAGAUGUGGAAUUGACACCAGUAAAAUAGUUGAGGAGAAGUUAGUGCGAAAGAAGGUGAGCAAAGCUUCAGAUGUUCCUCUUCCUCCUAAGAGUAAAAACUCAAUGGGGUCUCACAAGUGUGACCUUGAAGGCUGCCGCAUGAGUUUCAAAACAAAGGCAGAGCUUCUCUUGCACAAACGCAACCGGUGCCCACAUGAAGGGUGUGGGAAGAGGUUCAGCAACCACAAGUAUGCAAUGCUUCACAAACGUGUUCAUGAUGAUGACAGGCCCCUCAAGUGCCCAUGGAAAGGUUGCACCAUGUCGUUCAAGUGGGCAUGGGCUAGGACUGAGCAUAUACGUGUGCACACUGGUGAGCGCCCAUACAAGUGCAAGGUUGAGGGAUGUGGCCUUUCUUUCAGGUUCGUAUCAGAUUACAGCAGGCACAGACGGAAAACAGGGCACUAUGUGAACUCACCUGCCUGAAGAUAUGUCUUCUUUGUUCAAGCUGGUUUUGUAAUAUAUAAUAUGGGUAUAAGCAAGUGGGGUUUCUGAGGCCAAAGGGUUACAUGUAGUUUACAUUGUUCUGGUUAGGUGUAGUGUUAGGCACAUAGAUUGAUCAUUUUGUAGGUGGGCAUUCUCCAAUCAUUUGUAUGCAUUGAUAGUUGAGAAGUCUUAAGGGUCUUGAUCUCUCUGGAUUCCUCGUUUAGAAUCCAGCAGCAUCAUCAGCAGGAGAGGAAGCUCUCCCCAAAAAACAAAAACAAAAGAGAAAUGCUACAUGUUGGGUGGUCAAAUCCUGGCUGGCCAAAAUUGUCAGACCUACUAGUUUGGUUAUCUAAGAAGAUGAUUCUCAUUUUUUUGUACCAGUGAGGAUAGAUACUAUGUUCUUUGUUGUCCCUUGGUAUAUGGAUGAAGUAGAUGAAUCGUGGGACUACAUUACCAAUCUUUGUCUUGAGGGGUAGUGAUCAAACAACGCUAGAGUUAGAGUCUGUUCGAGAUUGACAAUGUGCCAAAUGUAGAUAUGAAAUGAAUAUUGACGCCUUUCUUUUACAUUUCUUCUCUUUUGUAUUUUUCUUUCUUGGAGGAGACAGAUGAGACAGGUACCAUUGAUCAGGCUAGAAAAAUCCAUUGCUAUGCUUUUGUGGGCCUCUUCGCUUGUCUAGAAGUGGAUUUGGAUAAUGUGCUGUGGGUUUGGAUUGUUUUUUUGUUUUUUGUUUUUUAUUGUAUAUCAUGCUUAAGUGGGUCUGAAUUAUUUUAA